AUGUCUCGUGUUAAAGCUAAAAAACCUUCAUUAUGUACCUGCGAACUACUGACAAAAGAGAUCAUUAGUAAAUCUCUUUCUGUAUUAAGAGAAAUUGUAACCUCUUGCUAUGGCCCUUCUGGUAGACUGAAGCAACUGCACAAUGGUGUUGGAGGUUCCGUUUGUACAACAUCAUCAUCAUCAUUCCUGUUCAGUAACCUUUCUGUCACCCAUCCUAUAUUAAAGAUUUUGACAACCUCCGUGCAAAAUCAUGUAUCACGUUUUAGUGACUGUGGCUUAUUCACAGCCAUUCUCUGCUCUAACUUAGUUGAAAAUUUUCAGAGAUUAAACUUGUCAACUGCUACUGUCAUUAAAAUAAGUAAGCAUCUUUUAAGUCUCUGCACUGACUAUCUCAACUCUGAGAUCUGUGGCUGCCGAAUCUCUGUAGAUUUUAGCAAUAUGAAGACUCUCCUGUGUUUGGUACAAAGCAUAUUAGCAAGCAAGCCUGCUUGCCUACUCAACAAAAAAGAAGCAGAUCAUAUCAGUACUUUGAUUCUGAAGGCAUUUUUGCUUACAAUUCCAGAAAAGGCUAAAGAUCGUGCCAUUUUGGGAAAAAGUAUAAUUAUACCUUUAAAAGAUGAAAGAGUUAUGGAUUCUACUGUAUUGCCUGGAAUAGUCAUUGAAAUGCCAGAAGUUCAAUUGAUGAGGAAGUUUCCUAUCAAAAAAUUACCCUCAGAUGCCCUCAAGUUGGCACUCUUUUGUAUAUCUAUGUCUGGAGAUAUUUCCGAUCCUGGAGAAGGAACACUAGUGAUCAGUUAUGGAGUUUCUCUUGAAAGUGCAGUCUUGGAUCAACUGCUUAACUUGGGAAAUCAGCUCAUUAGCGAUCAUGUAGAUAUUGUUGUCUGCCAGAAAGUUAUACAUCCAACUUUGAAGCAGUACCUCCAUCAGCAUCACAUUAUUACCAUAGACAGAGUUGGAAUAUCUUUGGUGGAACCCCUGUGUGAAAUGACAGGUGCACAAGCUAUUGGUUCCAUGAGUUUUAUCUCACCUACAAGUUAUGGAUAUGUGAAGGAUUUGUGCUCCACAAACUUUGGUUCAAAACACUACUUUCACUUAAUUCCUACUGAUUCGACUGUCUGCAGUUUGCUUCUCUGUAACAGAAAUGAGACUGCCUGGAAUGAACUGAAGCUUGCAUGUCAAACAGCACAGCAUGUCUUACAGUUAACAAUGAAGGAACCUUUGGCUCUUCUGGGAGGUGGCUGUACAGAAACUCACUUGGCCUCCUUUAUAAGACAUAAGGGUAUCAGUGUUCCAGAAUGCAUUCUCAAAGUCAAUGACUGUACCCAAACAGAAUAUAAAAUAGUUGCUAAUGCAUUUUGCAAUGCACUACAAUCUGUUGCUAGCUCUCUAGAGCAUGAUAAGGGUAAAAUUCUUACUGAUAGGAAGUAUGGACACUUUUGGUCAGUUCAACCAGAUUUUCCUUCAAAUGUGAAAUGGCAAGAUUUGGUUUCAGAAUGUGGUUGUGGACUCUACAGUAACCAGGAAGAACUAAACUGGUGUCUCUUACAAGGCAUUGAUUCUUUUGCUCCACAAAAUGCUUCUAUCCAGCAAGCCACAAACUCCACUGGCCAUCUGACUUUGGACUGUUUUACCGCAAAGCUUCAUGGCCUACAAGUUGCUGUGGAGACAGCCAGUUUGAUUUUGGAUCUGUCAUACAUCAUUGAAGAUAAAAACUGAUCCAAAUUUCAAUUGCAUUUUGUAAAGUAUGUUUAUGUGAAAAAGGCUCAAGGUAGGAAAAAUAUUGAAAAUAUUAAGUCACUCUCAGAAGCCUGAUAUUUUUUUUUACCCCUUCGUGCACAUUUCAUGAACUCAUUUGAUUUGGCCAUUUAAAAUGAGCAAAAUUAUAACUUAUGUGGAUAUAUUAAACUAACAGUAAGCCUAUAAAGUAUUGUUAGAGAAACUUUAAUAAUUAUGUAAAUUUAGUAUAUACUAUACAUUUUACUUUAUUCUGAACAUUUCCUUAUUUAGAUUUAUCUUUCAAUAAAUAUGGAAUAAAAAAAAGCAUUGCCUUGUUCUCAUUCCAGUUUUGGCAUGAGUAUUAUAGCUAUUUAUCAUGUAUUACUAAUUCUGUACAUUUAAAAUAUUAAAAUUUGCCCCAAGCAAUAACAUUCUUGUCCAAUCUAAAAAAUAUGAAUUCUGUACACGAGUAGUCUCUUUUUCAAAUAUCAGUGAGCUGAGAAUAAAUACAUAGAGGUGGUGACUUUAAUGCAAGAUCAUAUUUGACUGCAUAACUGUUUUCUAUCACAAUUCACACUUCUUGGAAAAUUGGUAAUGAUGAGCAGGUGUUGGAAAGAGCAGUUGUGUGCAGUCAUUCAAAGAUUAGCUUCAGGUGAAACAAUUUUUUUUAAUGCCUUAGGAUUUAGAGUGGGAAUAGUGACUGAAACAAUAACAGAAACAGAGGAGAGAAAUUGAAAAUUGACAUUACUAUGAGACUUGAGAAAAGAAAAAUUAUAGUGGAAAAGUACAUAUGAAAAAAAUUGCUGAAUAUUUAUUUUUAAAAUAAAGAAACUUUGAUUACAUGACCUGUAGUCCAAAGAGAAGUGCUGAUAUUUCACAAACAAUGUAAGGAAAGGCGUUGACACACAGCGAGUGCCAGGUGGAAGAAGAACACUAAAUCCACUGAAUCGUUAGAAGAAAUGGUCUGUUUUCAUCAGUGGUAUAUUAAAGUAAAGGGAAACAUUUUAUAAUCUUGGUCAAGUGUUUGUGUUCACAAAAAUUUAAAUAUCAAAUGCCUAGCCAUGAAUAAAUGAGAUUGAAUUUUAAAAUGCAUCCUUCCCAGACUCCCAUAACUCAAAAUAAUAAAAUAAAAUUGGCUUUAGGCCAUAAGUGAGUAGAGAGAGAAUAAAAGUACUUGCAGAAAUGCUUUUGAUCUCCACAAAUUGCCAUUAUGUUUAUUGAAAAAUUAGCUUAGCUUGGAGGUUUCACAAAAUGCUUUUCUAAGGUUUUUCCCCUUUUACUAUCAAAAGUUAAAAGAGAAAGGAGGGAAAAUAGUUUUCUAAAAAGUACUUCUUUGAGGUUCUUUGUCACAAGCAAAAAAAUUCCCACAAAAGACCAUUUUAGUGCUUGACAGCUUAUCUUUACAUCUUCUCUUUCCUCCCAAUGAAGAUGAACUUCAAAGUGGAAACAAAGGAACAGUGUUCUUUCCUCCACAAAUUUCAUAUUUCUCACGCAACCUGUGUAGAGUUAAGGCAUUUGGAGAUCAAUUUAGAAAAAAUUAUUACCAUCAUUUAAAAAAAAUAGGAAUUACCAUGCUGUGGUCCACUUUGCCCAAUAUUCUAUUACCAUUAGCAAGCUUGAGAGAAUUCCCAGGGGCAAAUAAUGUUUGCCUUCCUUAAAACCAUGUUUAUGAAUGGUAGUGAAAUUAACGGCUGCAUACUGGAUGAGAAGAAAUAUCAGAUAUGAAGACAAGAAAUCUUAAUUUCUAUAAGUAAGGAAUAAGAGGAACAAAAGACGAGAAAACCAGAAAGUUACAACAUAUUAUUGAAAGGUAUACUAAGGAGGAUGUGACAGCAUUAGAGGCAGCAUUCCAGUCAUUGAGCCAAAGGAAGACCUAUCAAGAUUGAAAUCUUAUUCAUCAAAAGCUGGUAGGAUAUAGCAACAGCCUCUGGAGGUUUGGAAGUAAAUUAAAGCCAUUUUUUACAGGCAUAUACCCAAUUUAAUGUCCAAAACUGGCUUUUAGACUACACAAUGCUGGAUAAAACAGUAGGGGAGUGGUGGUGUUAAUUCCAGAGGAGCAAUUUUAUAAACUAUUGCCACCAGCUGAACAAUGCUACAAAGAUACUUAAUUUUACAGUGGAAUUUAGUCAUAAAUGUUAUUGUGAUUAAUCAUGAUAAAUAAAAAAUUACAUUAAUGAAGAGAGUCUUGUGCAGAGUAUGUUUAUACAAUAUUCAUUUAAUAUUUCCACAUGAUUUAUAAUAAAGAAUCUUUUCAUGUUAGACUCACCAAAUUUUUAGCCAUUUGGGGAAGCCAUGUUCCCCUACCCCCAUAUGCUUAUAUGCUUAAAUUACCCAUUAUUAAAAUCAUUUGUUAUCAGAUUACCCUUGGGUUCAUUUAAUUUAUAUAAUCAAGAUAAAAGUGCUCCACAAGGUAAAAAAAGAAAUACAAAUCUUAAUAAACAAUAUGAUGCACACUACCUAAAACUUCACAAAUGCUAUCAUCUUUAGUAUUCUUAGGGAGGUGGGGAAGAGCUAUUCCUUGGAAAAUUCUUAAAAUCACAUUAUUUGGUGACACAUUGUAUAUUAUUGUUAGAGAGUAUUACAUAUAAAAUAAGGUUACAUAAUCAGUGUAGUUCCUUGGGGGGGAGUCCAAUUAUUUAAGCUAAUCAUUUCAGAUAAAUAUAAUCUGUGGGGAAAUCGUCAAGGAGACUAAACAUCUCAUACAGAACAGUAUUUCAGCUGUCAAAAUAUGCUUAUCUCUAGCCCUGGUGAAAAAGGAUUAUUUUAAACAUCUGAUAUCUUAGGCAAUUUUUUCAAGUAGUUUUUCCGUUUACUGCCUAUGUUAUUCCAUAAUUUAUUCUUUCCUCUAGGCCACAUCUUCCAAACCCAGUAGUGUCUAAACCUAGUAUUCAGGAAGAAUAGACUACAUACAGUUAGCCUAUAUUCUCAUAUUAGUUAGAUUUAACAAACUUUUCAUUUAGGGUUUUGAAGGGAAAAGAAAACAUCUAUGCAUCUUGAGUAUACUCACUUAUUUCCUCUUGGUAAGUUAAAGGAACAGAUGUCUUUUUAAAGAGACAUAACAUUAUUUUUAACAUAAUUGUGAAUCAAGUUUUGGGGCAGCCAGGUGGCACAGUGGAUAGAGCACAGGCCCUGACGUUGGAAGGACCUG